AGUGUUAAAUGCUGAGGGUAAACAUCUCCUGAUUCGUUACCUAGUCAGCAGGGCAGAGAAGAUCUCACAGAUAAACCCAGCCUCGAAGCUUCUCCCCAGCUCAACUGGUUAUUGCUCAGUGGCAGCUCUUACUCAUCUGAAUCUAGGUGGAGCUCCUUCCCUCCCUCUAUCCCUCCCUCCCUCCCUCUCUGCUGUGUCUGUCCUGGCUGAAAAGCCUUGCCCCAACAUCUGCCCAGGCGUUCUCAGGUGCCGGCAGCGCCUUUCCAGGAGCUGAGCAGAGGCGGCCGUCGCUCCCAGCCUGAGGCAGAGAGGCCUUGUCCCGCCAGCGCCUGCCCCCAGCCAUGGUGAAGUACGGCCUGGACUACACGCGCUGCAGAUGGAUCCUGCCCCUGCUCCUGGGCAUCGGGGUCAUCUUCGGCAUCAUCGCUCUGGCGGGCUGGGGCUGGCUGGAGUCGCAGACCCUGCCCUACGUGCUGCAAGCGUCGCUCUGGCAGAUCUGCAGGAGGGGUGACCAGGGUGGGGAAUGGAGCUGCGAGUCCCUCAUGGGCUACGCCUGGGGAAGAGCUGCUGCUGCCACAUACCUGGUUGGCUUUCUACUUCUGGUCAUCUGUUUUGCACUGGCCAUCAUAGCGUUUGCCAUCGACACGCUUCGGUUCAACUUCAUCCGUGGCAUCGGAGGCUUGCUGUUCGUGGCUGCUGUGUUCUCCAUCAUGGGCCUGGUCAUUUACCCAGUAAAGUUCUCAUCUGAAAUUGAGAUGACAGGAGUCAAUAUGUUCAGCUGGGCCUACGGCUUUGGCUGGACCACCGCCAUUAUGGAAAUAUGCUUGGGAUUCUUCUUCUGCUGCCUUCCUAACUAUGAAGAUCAGAUCCUGGGUAAUGUCAAGCCCACGUAUUUUUACUCUUCCCCAUAA